UCCUCAUAUGAUCCAAUAAUAUUCUCAUGCCGGCCGCUGCUCCGGACAUCUUCCGGGUUAUCCGACAGUUCGCCUGUGCUGCACAGAGCCAGGACUAUUUCCAAAGGAGGGGUGUUCUCUGUCCUGUCGAGCUCCUCCUGGUGUGUGAGUGUUGGGUGUGCGUGCACCAUGGCGAGCCUCCUCCGUGUUGUGGCAGCUAGCUGCUCGGCCCCCGUGUUCAGCGGGGUCUCCUGUGUGAAGCUGCAGAGCAGCAGAUCAGUCAAAGCAACGUGCAUUCGUUUUUUCAGGACCCAUCAAGCUCUAGGACGAUGUGCUAGUCCAGGCAUUCCAUAUAAACAACUCACAGUCGGUGUACCCAAAGAAAUUUUCCAGAAUGAACGUCGUGUGGCGCUUUCCCCUGCUGGUGUCCAGGCGCUCAUCAAGCAGGGCUUUAAUGUCAUUGUGGAGUCAGGAGCUGGAGAGCCUUCAAAGUUUCCUGAUGAAAUGUACACUCAGGCUGGAGCAACAAUUAAAGAUAUUAAAGAUGUCCUGGCAUCAGAUGUGCUGGUCAAGGUCCGUGCUCCCAUGUUCAACCCAGCACUCGACGCUCACGAGGUGGACCUGAUGAAGGAGGCCGGCACUCUGAUCAGCUUCAUCUACCCGGCUCAGAACCCUGAGCUGAUGGACAUGCUGUCCCAGAAGAAGGCCACCGUCCUGGCUAUGGACCAGGUUCCUCGAGUCACCAUCGCCCAGGGUUACGAUGCUCUGAGCUCCAUGGCAAACAUCGCAGGGUACAAGGCGGUUGUGUUAGCAGCGAACAACUUUGGUCGCUUUUUCACCGGACAGAUCACAGCAGCUGGGAAAGUGCCACCUGCAAAGGUUCUGAUCAUCGGAGGUGGUGUGGCUGGAUUGGCAGCAGCUGGUUCUGCCAGAGCCAUGGGAGCCAUAGUCAGAGGAUUUGAUACCAGAGCUGCAGCUUUGGAGCAGUUUAAAUCUCUGGGUGCAGAACCGCUCGAGGUGGACAUCAAGGAGUCAGGAGAGGGCCAAGGAGGCUACGCCAAGGAAAUGUCCAAGGAGUUCAUCGAGGCAGAGAUGAAGCUGUUCGCCAAACAGUGUCAGGAAGUGGACAUUGUCAUCAGCACGGCUCUUAUUCCUGGAAGGAAGGCACCCAUCCUGAUCACCAAAGACAUGGUGGAGAGCAUGAAAGAUGGCUCUGUGGUGGUGGACUUGGCCGCAGAGGCUGGAGGAAACAUCGAGACCACAGUUCCUGGAGAGCUUUCAGUACACAAGGGAGUGACCCACAUCGGCUACACAGACCUGCCCAGCCGCUUGCCAACACAGUCCAGCACUCUGUACUCCAACAACAUCACCAAGCUGUUACGAGCUGUCAGCCCAGACAAGGACAACUUUUUCCUUGACGUCAAAGAAGCGUUUGACUACGGCACCAUGGAUCACGUCGUCAGAGGAUCUGUUGUCAUGCAGAGUGGAAAGAACCUUUUCCCUGCCCCUCAGCCCAACAAUGUGCCUGUUGCAGCUCCCCCUAAACCCAAAUCUGUUGCAGAGCUGGAGAAGGAGAAGGCUGCACACAUUUCCCCCUUUAGGGCUACUCUCACCAGCGCUGGCAUCUACGCAGGAGGUGCUUCCACCCUGCUGGGUCUGGGUCUUUCAGCUCCAAAUGCCGCCUUCACUCAGAUGGUCACAACCUUCGGCUUGGCUGGAAUCGUGGGAUACCACACAGUGUGGGGAGUCACUCCUGCUCUGCACUCUCCCCUCAUGUCGGUCACCAACGCCAUCUCAGGUCUGACAGCUGUGGGUGGUCUGUCUCUGAUGGGUGGUGGCUACACUCCAUCCACCACUGCUGAAACUCUGGCUCUGCUGGCUGCCUUCAUCUCUUCUGUCAACAUUGCUGGUGGUUUCCUUGUGACAAAGAAGAUGUUGGACAUGUUCAAGCGUCCCACUGACCCUCCAGAGCACAACUACCUGUAUCUGCUUCCUGGUGGGGUCUUCGUCGGAGGCUAUGCUGCUGCUCUGCAGUCUGGAUACAAUAUUGAACAGAUGAUGUACUUGGGCUCAGGUCUGUUCUGUGUCGGCGCCCUGGCUGGCCUUUCCAACCAGACCACAGCCCGUCUGGGUAAUGCUUUGGGUAUGAUGGGAGUCGCUGGUGGUCUUGCUGCCACUUUGGGUGCCCUCAAGCCUAGUCCUGAGCUCCUGGCACAGAUGAGUGCAGCCAUGGCUGUUGGUGGCACUGCUGGUCUGGCCAUAGCUAAGAGGAUCGAGAUCACUGACCUGCCCCAACUGGUGGCAGCCUUCCACAGCCUGGUGGGGCUGGCUGCCGUGCUCACCUGUGUGGCUGAAUACAUGAUUGAGUACCCCCACUUCGCCACUGACCCCGCAGCUAACCUCACCAAGAUAGUCGCUUACCUCGGCACAUACAUUGGUGGAGUCACCUUCAGUGGCUCUCUGGUUGCAUACGGCAAACUGCAAGGCAUGCUGAACAGCGCUCCCCUCAUCCUCCCUGCUCGUCACGCUUUGAACGCUACUCUAAUGGCGGCCAGCGUUGGCGGGAUGAUUCCUUACAUGCUGGAUCCCAGUUACACUACUGGAAUCACCUGUCUGGGAUCUGUCUCUGCUCUGUCUGCUGUCAUGGGCGUUACUCUGACAGCAGCUAUCGGCGGCGCUGACAUGCCCGUGGUCAUCACUGUGCUGAACAGUUACUCAGGCUGGGCCCUGUGCGCCGAGGGCUUCCUGCUCAACAACAACCUGCUGACCAUCGUCGGAGCUCUCAUUGGAUCCUCUGGAGCCAUUCUGUCGUAUAUUAUGUGUGUGGCCAUGAACCGUUCACUGGCUAAUGUGAUCCUGGGAGGCUACGGCACAUCCUCCACCGGCACAGGGAAGCCCAUGGAGAUCACAGGGACACACACAGAGGUCAAUGUGGAUCAGACUGUGGACAUGAUUAAAGAGGCCCACAGCAUAAUCAUCACUCCAGGUUACGGUCUUUGUGCUGCCAAGGCCCAGUACCCCAUUGCUGAGUUGGUGAAGAUGCUUACAGAGGCUGGCAAGCACGUCAGGUUUGGUAUUCACCCCGUGGCUGGCCGUAUGCCUGGUCAGCUCAACGUGCUGCUGGCAGAAGCCGGUGUCCCAUAUGAUAUCGUCCUGGAAAUGGACGAGAUUAAUGAGGACUUUCCUGAGACUGACCUGACCCUGGUGAUUGGUGCCAAUGACACUGUAAACUCAGCCGCUCAGGAGGAUCCUAACUCCAUCAUUGCUGGUAUGCCCGUGCUGGAGGUCUGGAAGUCUAAGCAGGUGAUUGUGAUGAAGCGCUCCCUGGGUGUGGGAUACGCCGCAGUCGACAACCCUAUCUUCUACAAGCCCAACACUGCGAUGUUGUUAGGCGACGCUAAGAAGACUUGUGAUGCCCUGCAAGCUAAAGUCCGUGAGUCCCAGAACCAGUAAGGUCACUCUAGGACUCUCCGAUAAGAGCACACGUGGAGGGAGAGGACAACAUGUCAGUGUUUCCAAAAAUAUCACAGCAUGACGAUCCUCUUUGCUCAGUUCAACUUUGGGGUGAAUUGAUUAAACAGGAUCACCAAAUUAGAAAAAAAUUAUCUUGGCAGACCCCUCCUGUUAUCUCUGAAUAAAAGAAACAGCAAUGUUGUUGUAAAAUAUAUGUGCAGUAGGAGCCAAACAAUGCAAACACUGUAGUUUUUUGUGCUGACAUGUUGAAAAUGUUAUUUAACACAUCUUUUAUUCCUAGAUAUUACAGGAAGGGUUUGUUAAGCGUGCAUGUGGUCUGUAAUGCAGAGAGCAGCUGACAUGAUGGUCCUCUUUAUUUUAGACACAUGUAUUAAUGUAAAACAAUCAGAAAUGUAGAUACAUUAACAUGUUAGAUAUGUUUAAUUCACUGUUGAGAUAGUCAUAGAAAAUUAAAGGUGAAUUGGAACAAAAAAAGGAACAAAUAUAACGGUGAGAGACUAAGAGUAUGCUCUAAUAUUUCCCUCACUGUAAAGACUGUUUGACUCCUUCUGUUUCUCCAGUUUUCUUUUGUUUGAGUUAUUAGAUGUUCCCCUUACUCUGUGUGCUUAAAUUGUGUCAUACUUUCUUUUUCCUGAAAAGAAAAAGAAAAAAAGCAGAAUAGAUUGUAAAGUUCUUUCAGUUUGAUACUGUAUGGAGAGAUUUUUGUAUUCAGUCUAAUUGACAAAAACAUCGACAUGAUCACAAAUCUGGUUCAAAUCUAGUCAUGCCAUUUGCUUUUUUCCUUUUUUACUUGUGUCUUGUGACUUUCACCUUUGCCUUUUGUGCUGAAACCACACAUGGAUCAAAAAAACGGUUAGAAAUCCUCUUCCUAUCAAGUGUUGAAUGCAAUAAAUGAAUCUACUCUUUUCAUAUGUACCAGGCCACAGCUGUCAUGCAGUUCUUGUAAAAAUGAAACAAACACUCUCAGAGCUCUGAUAGCAGGAUGGAUUUUAUGAUGUUUUGAACCAGGUGUGUCCCAUCGUCCUGAGUGGUUCUGAUAUUACAGUACAUGUGAUGCUAGCCUUUGGCCUUUUGCGGUAAAGAAGGGUUUUUAUUUCGUAAGUGAAUGUGGCUCAUCCACUCCAAUAUGUGCGCACUAAGAGGGAAAUGAAGGAUUACUGUUUGAAAAGGAAGGCCAGAUGUUAAUGUAACUGAUGAUUUGCUUGUUGCCACAUUUCAGAAUGCAGGAUUUGUUUGAUGCUCUUAUUAAGCUUGCAUUUUCUCCCUUUUUAUUUUGCCAUAAAUUUGUGCCAACAUUUCCCUGCCAAAAAAGCUCAAUAUUUAAGAUUCAAUGGCACAAAUGUAGAUGAAUUGGUUGUUGUAUAACCGCUUGAGUAAUUAUUAGACGAUCACUGACAAAAUGACAGUAGCUCCUACUCUACACCUGACUUUCUACAGCUGAGCCAACCGAACUAAAACACAAGAUUGAGGUUGUAAAUGUUGAUUGCAGCAGAUUUUUUUUUUCAUGGUACAUAGUUUUAGGAGACAAAUCGACCAUCUUUUAAAAUGUAAACAAGUACUGUAGGAGGUUGGUUUCAGUAGUUUCAUCAUGGGACCUUACACAUCGACCAUGUCAACUAUCCUACCUCUUAUAUGACCAACAACUUUCCAUACGAUCUUAUUCAGACCAAUAACCCCAACAGCCAUGGACCAGCCAUUUUUCAUCCAUGUACCUUAAAUUAACCAGUAAGCUCUUAUUUCUUCCUUAACCUGACCUAUUGCCUUCUGUUUUUGUGUUCACUGUUUAUUUUUAACCAUCUGACCUCAGUUUGCUGCUGGCUAGUUUACUGUAUGUUAUGCAAGUGUAGAGCUGCAGAUGUCAUUACUGCUCAUAAAAGGUUAUUAGUCACAUCUUUAGGCACUAUUAGAUGAAGAUGUCUGCUUAAUAUUUGUAGGUUGUCGCCACUUUUGUAUUGUAUAGGUAUGAUCAGAAUAAAUGAGAUGACAAAGGUAAUAAUUCUAAAACAGCCCCCACAUGCCUUUAUCUUUUCACCUUCUUAAUAAGGGUAUUUUUGUAAAGGAGCUAUGAUAAUGAGGUUUUGAAGUUGUACAAUGUUACAGUGCACCAUGUUGGGAAGAUUAAAAUGAAAUGUACUGUGAAUGUUGUUUUUUCCCCCUCUUGUUUAUCAUGGAACAUUUUCAUCCCUAAUAAACCUGUAUUUACACUA